ACACAGUUCAGCUUCAUGUGGUUGAUAACUUGUAAACUAUUCCCACAGGUCGAGUUAGCACUCUGGGAUACAGCAGGUCAAGAAGACUACGACAGACUGCGCCCACUCUCUUAUCCAGACACUGAUGUCAUUCUCAUGUGCUUCUCCAUUGACAGUCCCGACAGUCUCGAGAACAUUCCCGAGAAGUGGACGCCUGAGGUGAAACACUUCUGCCCUAAUGUUCCCAUUAUACUGGUGGGAAAUAAAAAGGACCUGCGCAACGAUGAGCACACCAGAAGGGAGCUUGCCAAAAUGAAGCAGGAACCUGUGUGAUGGCCCCUCUACUUU